AUGACGCUGAACUCCGGGGGUCGCCGUCUAAAACAGUGGCUGAUUGAACAGAUCAACAGCAAUCUUUACUCUGGACUGCUCUGGGAAGACGAAAAUCGCACAAUGUUCCGAAUCCCGUGGAAACAUGCUGGUAAACAGGACUACAACCAAGAGAUCGAUGCGUCCAUCUUUAAAGCUUGGGCAGUAUUCAAAGGGAAGUAUAAGGAGGGGGACAAGGCAGAGCCAGCCACAUGGAAAACUCGCCUUCGCUGUGCCCUGAACAAGAGCCCUGACUUUGAGGAGGUCACAGACAGAUCCCAGCUUGACAUUUCUGAGCCAUACAAGGUGUACAGGAUUGUCCCAGAGGAAGAACAGAAAUGUAAAAACUCAACAGCCUUGCUUGCUGGCUGCUCCACUGCAGUCACGGACAUGGACUGCAGCUCGGCAGACCUGGACGAUCUUAUCAAAGAUACUUCAAAUGAUGAAUACAUUAUCAAGAGGAGUCAUUCCCCUCUGGAAGAGAGCUGCAAAGUUCAACCAGCUCAGGAGUGGUGGAAUCAGCCCUCACACACUGCUGUACCUAUGCAUCAGGAUCCCUCCCCACUGAACACAUUUAAUGCCGCCUUCUCCCAGAUGAUGAUCACUUUCUAUUAUGGGGGGAAGAUAAUGGUCAGUACUCUGACCACCCACCCUGAGGGAUGUCGCAUCUCCCCAGGUCAGCCUCCCGUAACCAAUCCCCUGAUUUAUGGUCCUGACAGUCUGCAGAGCAUUCGCUUCCCACCCGUGGAGCACAUCGAAAAUGACCGUCAGCGUCAUGUCACCCGAAAGUUGUUUGGGCAUCUGGAACGCGGAGUUCUACUGCGCGCCAACCGGGAGGGUAUCUUCAUUAAGCGCCUGUGUCAGAGCAGAGUCUUCUGGAGUGGACCCAGCUAUCAGUACAGUCCUGGACCCAGCAAGCUAGAGAGAGAUGCAGUUGUCAAGAUCUUUGACACUGCCAGGUUCCUUCAAGCCCUUCAGCUCUAUCAGGACGGUCAGUAUCCAGCACCAGACCCCACUGUCUAUCUUUGUUUUGGAGAAGAGUUUCAUGACUUCAGCACAGCAAAGAGCAAAUUAAUCAUUGUGCAGAUCACAGCAGUGAACUGCCAGCAGCUGGUGGAAGCAGUGAACGCUAGGAGGUCUCAGUAUAACAGUGACAACCUGGAGAUUUCAGAUGAGAUGGCCAGUGAUCAGAUGGCUCGAAUCUACCAAGACCUCUGCAGCUACCCAGUCCCCCAGCGGACAGCUUGCUUCAGGGAUAAUCUGCCCAUCACUGCCUGAGCCAGGUCAUUCAACCAUCUUGUGUGUUUAGAUAUUUGGUAAACAGGGUUAUAGGGUUUGACAGGGAAGGAAAUGCUUUUUUAAGGUAUUUGUAAGGAAAAGAAAAUCUAUGUACACACCAAAAACAGCAGCCGAAGCCAAAGUAUCAGAGUAUGCGUCAUGUUCUCUAAAUGCUAAAAAUAAGCAGGAAAAUAAAAAUGAUUUUUAAAAAUUAUUCUCAGGGAUAACAAAUGAUGUGUUAAAAGUGUUUUACUCAUUUUUCAUGUAUA